AUGGGUAUUACUCGUGAUUCGCGCCACAAGCGCUCUGCUUCCGGUGCUCGAAGAGCCCACUACCGAAAGAAGAGAAAGUUUGAGUUGGGUAGACAACCCGCCAUGACCAAGCUCGACUCUUCAAAGAGGAUCCACGAGGUUCGAACUCGAGGUGGUAACACCAAGUACAGAGCUCUCCGAUUGGACUCUGGAAACUUUGCUUGGGGUUCCGAACAUGUUACUAGAAAGACUAGAUUGUUGACUGUUCGAUACAACGCCACCAACAACGAGUUGCUCCGAACCCAAACCCUCGUAAAAUCUGCUGUUGUCGACGUUGAUGCCACUCCUUUCAGACAAUGGUACGAAGCUCACUACGCUCAACCCGUCUCCCGAGCUAGCAAGAACGCUGCUGCCACUGAAGAGAAGGCUGAGGUGAAACAAUCCAACCACGUCAAGAGAGUCCUCGAAGAACGAAAGAAGGAUGCCAAGAUUGAUCCCCUCCUCGAACAACAAUUCAGAGCCGGUCGAUUACUCGCUAUCAUUACUUCCAGACCUGGUCAAUCAGGUAGAGCUGAUGGUUAUAUCCUUGAGGGUAAGGAGUUGGAGUUCUACAACAGAAAACUCCAAGUCCGAAAGGCCAAGCACGCUGCUUAA